AUGGUGGAAACGCAAGGAUGCAACUUCUACUGGCCCAUCAGGCCCUCCAUCGCCAACUCCCGCGUCAAGCUCAUCCCCUUCAACCCGGACAUCCACGCCUCCACCUUCGUCGAGCACGCAAGGGACCACCCAGAGAUGUUCGCCCACAUGCCCCUCGGGCCCCUCGAGUCCGCCGCGGACCUGCACGCCCUCCUCGCCAGGCCGGACACCAUCCUCUCCCGCGCCAACCCGAACUGCUUCCAGUUCGCCGUCAUCGACCGCGCGGCCCCGCCGUCCCGGGACAGCCCCGACGGCGCGCUGGCCGGCUCCAUCAGCUACAUCUACACCUCGGCGCCGCACCUGAGCAGCGAGAUCGGCUUCGUCGCCGUCCUGCCGCCGUACCAGGGCAAAGGCGUCGCGAGCAGCGCCGUCGCCCUGCUGAUGCAGUACGGCAUGGCGCCUCCCGCGCGGGGCGGGCUCGGGCUGCGCCGCCUGCACUGGCACACCAGCACGACCAACAAGGCCAGCCAGGGGCUCGCGGCCAAGAUGGGGUUCAAGACGGUGGGGACGAUCGAGUGGCACUUCCGCUUCCCAAAGGGGAAGCUCAAGGGCAAGAUCGGAAACGGGAGGCCGAUCCCCCCGGACGGCGAUCAGGACGACCUGUGGAGAGACACGCUUGUGUACAGUUUUGGGUGGGACCAGUGGGAAAAUGGCGCGAGGCAGAAAGUGACUGCUAUGUUUGGUGAAGCCGAGUUUUAG